AUGCAUCUCAUACUCACUGGCGCGACAGGCCUUGUUGGCGCGUCUGUCCUCCACAACAUGCUUGCGCAAGAAGGCAUCAGCCGCAUAUCCAUCCUCAGCAGACGACCAGUCAAGAUGGCAGAGGGCCAUGCCAAGGCCAAGGUCAUCAUUCACAACGACUUCAACAAAUACGACGAGGCGCUUCUGCGUGAGCUGAAAGACGCGCACGGUUGCGUAUGGGCACAGGGAGUCUCCCAGAACGCCGUUAGCAAAGAGGAGUAUUUCCAAAUAACCCACGAUUACCCUCUUGCGGCUGCCCAAGCCUUUUCCACUCUCCACCCAGACUCGCCAUUUACGUUUGUUUAUGUGUCGGGUGAAGGUGCCACGCAAACUCCUGGUAUGUUCACCGCGCUGUACGGGAGGGUCAAGGGGCAGAUCGAGUCUGCGCUAUUUGAUUUUGGCAAAAAGAAUCCCAUGUUCAAGGUAUACAAUGUGCGGCCAUGCGGGGUGGACUGGUCGGCCCACCCCGAGAUCCAUCCAUUCAUACCCAAGCAAGAAAUGUGGAAGAAGGCCCUCCUUCCGGUGCUGAACACGACAUGGAAGAGUAUCAUGUCACCAACUAGGGAGAUGGGCAAAGUCAUGACAGAGCUGGCCAUGUCCAGGGGCGAGCCGUUGGAGGGUUCGGGUAUGGAAAUGGAAGGCCGGCUGUUAACCAACAUUGCUCUCCGACGGAUGGGCGGAUUAUGA